AUGAACUUAGAUUAAGCAUUUACUUUCGGUUAGGAUUGUUAUAAUCAAGAUUUGAUCAAUCCUUCAAAGCAUCCUAAAAUCAGUAAAAAAUCACCAUUUUAUUCAAUUGUCAAACCAACUACGUAAUUUUUUCAUAUUAAAUAAGAUCUUAAAAAAACAAUAGAAUAAAAGAUUCAUCUGUAUAAAAAUUAGCUUAAACAAUUUAAAAGAAUACUAAUAAAGAGAAUUAUAAUUCUCAUUAAUGUAAUGUUGGACUACCAAAACAUACUCGUAAUCCAACAGAUCUUAAUCUAAUAAGAUUUGACACAUCUCCUAAUUCUAAAAUAGAAAUUUCGAACAAUUCAAGAGGAAACAACUCAUAAUAGUCAUAAUAAGAUCGCUUAAGAAGAUUAUCUUUUAAUACUCCAAAUCAAACAAUUAGAACUUCAUUGCCUCCUGUUAAUAAUAAUGAAAAAUAUAAAAAAAUAGCAAUUUAAAUGAAAGAACUCAUUUAAAAAUAGAAAUAAAGUUAUGAAAUAGGAGAUUAUGAAUAAUUAGAGUUUAUUUUUGAAAAACUUAAUUUACUUUGUGAAUAAAUUUGA